AUGGCGAGCAUGUCAAUGGACAAAAAUUUCGAAGAGCUGUGCUAUUCAUGUCGCACUGGUGAUAUCGAUAAUCUCGACCGACUCAUAUCCACAGGAGUAAAUUUGAAUGGAGUCGAUAAAUUUGAUAACUCGCCACUUUUUCUUGCCAGUCUUUGCGGUCACGAAGAGGUUGUGAAACUUCUGCUACAGAGAGGAGCCGUUUGCGAUAGAGACAGAUUCGAAGGGGCUCGUUGCAUAUAUGGUGCAUUGAAUGAGGCUAUCAAAGAAACCCUUCUAAGUUACGAUAUAUCGAAAGCCGUAGAUGUCAAGCAAUCCUUUGCUACCCAUGUUUCCUCCAUAUACAAUGAAGAAAGCUUUCUUAGCAGAGACAUUUCAUUUAGAGCUCCUAAUGGCCAACUAUUCACAGCACAUAGAUUUUUAUUAUGUGCAAGAAGCGAGGUUUUAGCAGAAAAGAUGACAAAUGAAUGGGCAAAAAUUGAAAUUGUUCCUAUUGAAGUCCACUCAGAUAUAUUUGAGAUCUUUCUGAAAUUUCUUUACCUAAUUCCAAUUCUGCAUCAAAUUGAACCAGGGCAAUACGAGGAACUCAUAAAAUUAUCUAGUGAUCUCAGUAUUGAACUAUUACCAGAAUUUUUAGAUAAAGCAAGGCAUAUUGCCGACCCUACGAAAAAGUCUAGGCUGAUGUCAGAUUACCAAUAUAAGUUUACCGAGAUUGCGAGAAACCAACUUUUAUUGUUCGUAAACAAUUGUAUUUUCAGUUCCGCCGUUGAUGUUGCUGAAGAUGAGCAGCAAACUACUUCCUUAAUGAACUGUCCAGCAUAUCCAGAUAUCCAACUCUCGGUAAAAAACCGAAAUGGAACUACACGAGUAUAUCCUUGUCAUUUAGCCAUUUUGAACCGUGCAAAGUAUUUUAAGGUAAUGUUCACAAAUAAUUUCAAGGAAAAACUUACAUACGUGAAGGCAAAAGAUCUUUCAGGGCACAAUAACGGAGUCGCUACGCAACUGACGCUUCCUAAUUGUGAAUUUGAAGUCGCUGAAAUUAUUCUUCGUUAUUUAUAUGCUGACAGUACGGACAUUUCAUGGAUGUAUGCUGUUGAUGUUCUACUGCUUGCAGAUAUACUUUUAGAAGAUCGUCUAAAAACGAUCACUUCAACAAUCAUCACCCAAUCGAAAGAGUUUAUUCAGGAGCAUAAUGUUUUUGACGUGCUCUAUUUAUCAUGGGAAAUAGGAGUCGAGCGCUUAGAACAAUUUGCAGCUAAAUUCAUAGCAAUGCAUUUGCAAGAGUUAUAUAAAGAUCCAGAAAUAGAGAAGGCCAUUUUGUUGAGUUCAGAACGAAUUUCACUCCGUCAGGAAACUGAUACUAUUGAAUUAGUGGAUGACAUUAGAUACUACUUACUCCGAAAGUACUCCUUUGAGCCAGAUGACGUGGAGCUAUUUCAAAACCAGGAUGAUUUAGAAUAUCUAAAAGAAGUAGGAUACCUUGAAUAUAGAAAAGAUAUGGAAAUGCUGGAAAGUAUUUUAACGGAUCUGGAACUUGAUGUAUAA